AUGUCGUCAAUCAACAAAACGCCCUCGCACGAGGGCUACUCGUCGGCCGACUCGGAGUCGAAGAAGCAAGCCGGACUACAGACUCCGCAAGGAAGAAAGCGACGACCUUCGCGCGCGGGGACCCGCAGCGUCACCACGUUGACGGCCGCGCAGCUGGAACGCAAACGCGCAAACGAUCGCGAGGCCCAGCGAGCCAUCCGGCAGAGAACAAAGGACCAUAUCGAGUCACUGGAGCGUCGCAUCAGCGAGCUCACAUCCACCGACGUCAAUGCGCGGCUGAUGUCGACACUGGAGCGCAACACGGCGCUGGAGUCGGAAAACGAACAGUUGCGCAGCCGGCUACAUCAAGCUCUGAAUUCGUUGCAUAGCAUGGAGGGAUCAGAUACCCCCGGCAGCAGUCUCUCGACGUCAGAUCGACUCGGCUUGAUGCAAGCGCCACGGCCAUCGUCGACUCCAACGGCUCGUAGCUUACCCUCACUACCUGUCUCUCAAGGCGAGUGGUCACAGCACAGCAGCUACACAUCAGCACCGACGUCGUCACCGAUGGAGAGUGGACCGCCGACGGGCCAUCACGGGCAAGCCGGUGGAGGACAUUGGAGUCCUCACAGCAGCACAUCAGUCACGCAGUCACUUCCAUCAGUUCCAGAAGCGGCGUAUCCGCAGCCGCAGAUUGGCUAUUACGAACCGGAGCACGCAGCACGAUCGGUAUCGUACAGUUCAGAAGGCACGCAGGGCCAACACAGUCUCCCAUACGGGAAUGGGCCGCCACAGCAACAGAGCCACACAACAGCUCAGGGGCCAGCGUCACAGCCGACAUACGGCUACACAUCGCAUCCGCAUGGCGGCCAACAAAGCGUUCCGGAGUAUAGCCAGCAACGCGCACUUUCAAGCCAAGCACCCUCAUACCCUCACUAUGGGCAUCAACAAACAUACAUGGGCCAGACGGCGCCUCACGCGGCUCCCGGAGCGGUGCAGCACGGCGGCGAGGGGCUCCAAAUGAUGCACCAACAGGCGGCAGCACAACCACAGGGCGGGCACAUGAUGUACAACAUGAAGGUGGAACAGUGA